CUCCAUCACAGAGUUAGAAAUAAUUUCAGACAAAGCAAAAGUUGUUUGUUAAAAGCCCAGUCCUUACGUUUCUAUAGGUGAAGAACUUGGCUCAGAAAUAUUUGUUACUUGUACCAUUCAUCAAAACUGACCAAAUGAAAAACAUGAUUCAGGAAAGGAAGUACACGUAGUUUCCACUUUGGUAGACUGAGAAUAAAUGCAAAACUUUAUUGCAAAGCGUUCAAUGAAACUGAUAACUGUGUAUUCAUUUUGAGCAAAAUUACCUGAUGCUCAUUUCAAAGUGUACCUCGGUCAGAGGUUCAAAGAUUUGAAAGAUAACACUCUGUUCAAACGCUGGAAAGCUAGAGAGACUAUAGACCUGGUUGUUGGUUCUGACUUAAUGCAGGUCAAGUAAUGUGAAAACAAUCAGAAAACUAGCAAUGCAGUAAAUACAAUUAACGUUAUUAACGCAACUGUUUUAUUACAUGUCCUUACAGUGGUCCUACACUGUUCAUGGUGCUGACAAAAGAGGAUGCUGUCAGUGGUUGGAGAGCUAUGAUGGGACCCACUGAUCCGCAACAAGCCCUAGAACUGGAUCCAAACUCUCUUCGUGCACAGUUUGGUUCAGACACAAUGAAGAAUGCUGUGCAUGGCAGCUCUUCUGUGGAGAAGGCUGAGAAGGUGAUUAAAGAGUUCUUUCCAGAAGUGGAAAUUUUACCUGAUGGAACUGUCAAAGGUUUGAGUCUUCUAUUUAUUACGAGCUCUGCAUGUGUUUCUAUGGGAUACUAAAAAUGCUAUCAUACACCUGCAUGACCACUCAACAAAGUACAGUUAUUUUUUGUCCAAAUUUAUUCAAUGUCCGUGAAAUUCUUUUAAAAUUCUUUAAAAUUUGGUGUAUGGUCGGCGAAUUUUCGUACGACUGGGUCGAGAAUAUAAGAGCAAAGCUGUCAUGGCUAAACUGCACAAAGGAAUACAGUUCAGACUUAAACAGCGGUUAGUGGGGAGAAAAGUUACGACCCAGAUAACGGCUGCAAAGGAGACUGAGUCCCUGUGGUGCUAUCAGUUAACUUGAUUUCUUCAACAUCACAUUGAUGUUAGCAUAUGACGGUUAUCAUUACGGACUGGAUGAGGAGCUCUGUUUAAAAAUUACAAUCACAGGACUU